AUGUUUAUUUACGGAAAAGAUCAACAGGCCUUUCACCUCGAGCGAACUCAGGCGGAAAAAUGGUUUUCCCGGGUCAACAUUAUUCUUCUAGCGAUACAGCUGAUUUGCUUCAUUUCCUCGCUUGUUCGAUUUGGCAUUUAUUCCUCGAACAUAAUAUCGAACAGCUUUUUUUUUCGGGCGCAAUUGCGUAUAAACUAUGAUAUCCUGGACAAGGAUUGUGUGUUCCAUGUGAAAGAAUCGCUGGGCGUUUUCCGUAACCUGGAGUACGACGUGUCCGUUAAAAAUUUGGGGUACAUUAUCGACCGAAAUGCGUUAGAUUUGCGCUACUUAUGGGCGGUCACUGGUUUAUGCUUUUUUUUGAGCGUAAUUAACUUCGUUUGGUAUGAAGUCAAUGCGCAUGAGGUGCGCUAUCACUUUGUCGUAUUUCAUAAGGAUAUGAUCACAACGUGGCAGGUGAUCCUCUUGGUGAUAGGUAUAAUCUUUACCUUUCCGGUACAACGACAAAACAAGCUUUUAGAUGAAUUUUAUUUACACUGUGUUGAAAUCCCUGCAGGUUAUAAGAUUCAUUACAGUCCAUUGGCGCCGCUAUUUGAGUUUUAUAUAUUCUACAUAGCGAGUUUUGUGAUACUAGCCUUUAACGGCCUGUUUGCAGUGGCUAAUUUGUUGCGAAAGAACCCGCGUAAGGUCUUUCUACGCGAGGAGGCGGCGCAAUUGGAGAUGUGGAGGAAAAACAUGCAGACACAGGGGCAGAGACCGCCGGAUAUGAUGCCGUCUCAGGGGAUGGCAUCACACGAUGGCAUUGCCCCGUUGGCAGGGGACCAUGCCGGCACCGCGCAAAGCACUGCCUCGCUCAACCGCCUCCCGCCUCACCCGCCAUCCGUUCAGCACCUGAGCUCCGUACACGAGUAUUAUGGCGCUGGGGAGGAUAAAAGUGGAAGCCUUACCGGGACUCAUGAUGGGUUGUUGUACUCAACAAACCUCAAUAUAAACCACUCUGGCGAAAAGCAUGAUGUUCCGGGGAAAAAUGCUAGACCAUCUGAGAAAAUCCCGCGCAUGCCCACCGCGGCUGAUAGGAGUCAGGUAGAAUCGCAUCUUCUUGAGCAGCCACAGGACCCGCCAGCGCACCACCAAUUACCCAAGGAUAAGCCACCAGCCGCUCAUCCAAACCGAGAGGGAGCGGCGGCUUCAAAGGCGGCAGUCCCCGAUGAACUCUGCAAGGUGCUGAGCUUAUAUGAGGACCAGAACGAUGUUGUUGUGGAGGAUGAUAAAUUACAGGAUACCAUCUUGAGACGGCGCUCCCUUCCUACCUUCCAAAGCAAUCGAGAUAGCCAUGAUCGGGAUAUCGCUGAAGGGGAGAGGGAUCUUUUUCACAAUCCCCCAUCGAGCGUGCCGCAUUCGCCGCAGCCCCAGUAUCCCGCUUCUGAGGCUGGGAAGAACUCUGGAGAUGGUAGCGACAUGACCAGAACUACCCACGAGCGCGGCUCCAUCCAUCACGGGUGA